CGCCCCUUACAAGGCUACGGCUCGCAAUCAUCACACACGCACACUCUCUCUCUUGGUUGCACGGGAAUUCCCUGUGUCUAAUUAAACCGGAUCGCGAGGGAAUCUUCCGAGUGAUCGCCGGAGCGGUGCUUUCGGCGGUGGCGUAGCAAAUAAACGGAAAAAUGAGAAUUCUUUGGUCUUCUUCCGCUUCCCACUUGCCAUUCUGACUCUCUUCCUCCUCUCUGUUUUUCUAUUUAUAUUAUAGAUAUGUCCCACCCUCACUAGUGUUGCACCGUUCCAUUUUGUUGAUUGAGCUCGCUCGAAGCUUUUCGAGGAACAGAAGAGAAAAGGAGAGAGUUUAGGUGCAGCGGAGGAUGAUAGAGGGCGUACAGGAUGGGAAAUUGCGGAACAAGGGAGGAAUCUGCAGUGGUUUCAGCGCAUGCUCAAGAUUUCCAUUUGACAGUGCAACAGCUUCAGUUGUCGCAAUUGGCUGGGAAGAACUCUUCAUCUGAGAAAAAGCCUAAUCGCUCCUUCUCGGACAUGAGCGAUCCCUCCACACCAAGGAAUUUUGCGGACUCCAGCAAUAUUGCAAUAUACACAGAUGUGAUAGCAUUCACAUUAUUCGAGCUGGAGACCAUUACAAAGAGCUUCCGUUCAGAUUAUGUGCUUGGUGAAGGUGGAUUUGGAACUGUUUACAAGGGAUAUAUUGAUGAGAAUGUGAGGGUUGGCCUCAAAUCUCUGCCUGUUGCUGUGAAGGUUCUGAACAAGCAAGGUCUUCAAGGACACAGAGAAUGGCUUACAGAGGUUAAAUUUCUAGGACAACUAAGGCAUCCUAAUCUAGUGAAGUUGAUUGGAUAUUGCUGUGAGGAUGAUCACAGACUUCUUGUCUAUGAGUUCAUGUUUCGGGGCAGCCUUGAGAAUCACUUGUUUCGAACUGGCUUUACUUUCUUGAGGCUUUCAGAGACAACUGCUCCAUUACCUUGGGCAGAAAGGAUGAUGAUUGCAUAUGGCGCUGCGAAGGGCCUGGCUUUUCUUCACAAUGCAGAAAAACCUGUUAUUUACCGCGAUUUUAAGACAUCAAACAUAUUAUUGGACUCAGAUUAUACAGCCAAGCUAUGUGAUUUUGGCCUUGCAAAAGCAGGACCUCAGGGUGAUGAAACUCAUGUCUCAACACGGGUUAUGGGCACUUAUGGAUAUGCUGCUCCAGAAUAUGUCAUGACUGGCCAUUUGACUGUAAGGAGUGAUGUCUAUAGCUUUGGGGUUGUCCUCCUCGAGCUCUUAACUGGUCGCAAGUCAAUUGACAAGACCCGGCCUUGCAAGGAACAGAGCCUCGUCGACUGGGUCCGUCCAAAACUCAACGACAAGAGGAAGCUACUCCAGAUAAUCGAUCCACGGUUGGAUGGACAAUAUUCAGUUAGAGCUGCGCAAAAGGCCUGCAGCUUGGCUUACUAUUGCCUGAGCCAGAAUCCAAAGGCAAGGCCUUUAAUGACCGAUGUUGUGGAGACAUUGGAACCUCUGCAGGAGACCGGUGUGCUUAACAGCAUCCCUGACCAACGGAUGCAUCGUCGACUCACAGCUGCUAGUAUGGGCUGUCGACCAAUUCCGACAGCAAAAUGCUCUUCCCCUGGUGCAAUUCCUGCAUGCCAGGUGAGAUGAAGGCUGCUCAUGUACAUACAGUUUGCUUUACUUGUUUGUUGCUUUAUUUAUGUGUGGUUUUAUGAGUUUAGUAGUAUCAGUUGUGGGUUGGAUGUAAAUGAUUUCACCUAGCUAUUUUCUCUGAAGAUUCAUAGAAUCUGAUAGUGCUUAAUCGUAUGGGGAAACCUUGCCAAAGGGCAGGGUUUUCAUUCAAGGAAUCAAUGUCUGGUUAAACAAUUAAGAGGCUAAUAGCUGUUGAAUAAUUGCUUUGUUUA